CGCUCCUGUGGGCCUGGCUCCCACACGGCUGCGGUCGUCUUCGUUUGGCUCCUUCUCAGCACCUGGUGCACAGUGCCUGCCGGUGCCAUCCAGGUGACUGUGUCCAACCCCUACCAUGUAGUGAUCCUAUUCCAGCCCGUCACCCUGCCCUGCUCCUACCAGAUGACCACGACCCUCACGGCACCCAUCGUGAUGUGGAAGUACAAGUCCUUCUGCCGGGACCGCAUCGCUGAUGCGUUCUCCCCAGCCAGCGUGGAUAACCAGAUCAACGCCCAGCUGGCAGCCGGCAACCCCGGCUACAACCCGUAUGUGGAGUGCCAGGACAGCGUGCGCACUGUCAGGGUUGUGGCUACCAAGCAGGGCAACGCUGUGACCCUGGGAGACUACUAUCAGGGCCGGAGGAUCACCAUCACGGGAAAUGCUGACCUGACUUUUGAGCAGACGGCUUGGGGGGACAGUGGUGUGUACUACUGCUCUGUGGUCUCAGCCCAGGACCUCCAGGGAAACAAUGAGGCCUACGCGGAGCUCAUCGUCCUCGGGAGGACCUCAGGGGUGACUGAGCUCUUACCUGAUUUUCAGGCGGGGCCCAUGGAAGACUGGCUCUUUGUGGUCGUGGUGUGCCUGGCUGGCUUCCUCGUCUUCCUCCUCCUGGGCAUCUGCUGGUGUCAGUGCUGCCCGCAUACCUGCUGCUGUUACGUUAGGUGCCCCUGCUGCCCUCAGAAGUGCUGCUGCCCGGAGGCCUUGUAUGCUGCUGGCAAAGCAGCCACCUCAGGUGUGCCAAGCAUCUAUGCCCCCAGUACCUACGCCCACCUGUCCCCUGCCAAGACCCCACCUCCACCACCAGCCAUGAUUCCCAUGGGCCCGGUCUACAAUGGCUACCCUGGAGGGUACCCUGGAGACUUCGACAGGAACAGCUCAGUGGGCGGCCACAGCUCCCAGGUACCCUUGCUUCGAGACACUGACAGCAAUGCAACCUCUGAAGUUCGCAGUGGCUACCGGAUCCAGGCCAAUCAGCAGGAUGAUUCCAUGAGAGUCCUGUACUACAUGGAGAAGGAGCUGGCCAACUUUGAUCCCUCUCGUCCUGGGCCCCCCAAUGGCCGUGUGGAGCGGGCCAUGAGUGAAGUCACCUCCCUCCAUGAGGACGACUGGCGACCCAGACCUUGCCGGGGUCCUGCCCUCACCCCUAUCCGGGAUGACGAGUGGGGUCGCCACUCCCCUCCCCCUCAGAGUCCCAGGAGAUGGGAACAGGAGCCCCACACAGAGAGGCCAGGGAGUGGCUGGGGGGGUGGUCGGCCCCGAGCCCGCUCUGUGGAUGCUCUGGAUGACCUCAACCGGCCGGGCUCCACAGAAUCAGCAAAGUCUCCUGCAAGUAGUGGGAGGAGAGGACGGGCCUAUGCACCCCAUCGAAGCCGUAGCCGUGAUGACCUCCUCGACCCAGACGCCUCGAGGAACUUUCCACACUCUGGAGAUCCCCACUAUGAUGACUUCAGGUCUAGUAGGGACCGCCCUCCUGCUGACCCCAGAUUCCGCUACCGGUCCCGGGACCCUCGAGAUGAUGGUUCCAGGCCCAGGGAUCCCCAAUAUGAUGGGCGGCUACUAGAAGAGGCCUUGAGGAGGAAGGAGCCAGGGGAGAGGGGAAGACCAUACCGGGAGGAAGACGACGAGGACGCCCACUACCCUCCAGCUCCUCCCCCAUACUCGGAGACAGAGUCUCAGGCCUCAAGGGAGCGGAGGCAGAAGAAGAGCUUGGCCCUCAGUCGGGAAAGUUUAGUCGUCUGAUCUCACAUUUUGUAUGUAGCUUUUGUACUUUUAUCUGGUACUGGGGACUAAACCCACAGCGUUCGCACUGAGCUACGUCCCCGGCCCUUUUUUUUUUUACUUUUUAAAAUUUUGAGGCAGGGUCUCGCAAAGUUGCUCAAGCUGAGCUCGAAUUUACAGUCCUGCCUCGGUAUUCCAGCGUUGGGAUUGCAGGCGUGCGUGCCACUAACUUGCACCACUACACGGAGCUCAUACUUUUAUUUUCUUUUUUUAAUUUGAGAAUACUGAAGAUCUUCCCCUCUUAAGUCAAAUAAAAUUGAUAAACACAAGGCCUAUCUUGAGAGGAGCAUUUGUUGCUGCGGGAGGUGGGGGGUCCCAGGCAGUUA